GGACCAUUUUCCAAGCAUUAACUGCCAAACACAGAAUGAGAACACUGGCUUUCUGUGUGUUUUUGGUCCUUCUCCUUAUCAAAGAUUCUUCAGCAACUGUGAGGAAGCAUUACAUUGCAGCAGUGGAGUUUAACUGGGAUUACAGAAGCAGUGAUCUUUUACUAGGAUUAGGAGCUGGAAAUGUGAGGUCAUUUUAUUCCUCCAAAACGAUCCCUCAGUACAGGAAGGCAGUUUUUGUGGAAUUCAAAGAUUCUUCAUUCCUCACACCAGAACCAAAGCCCAAAUGGAUGGGGAUUCUGGGUCCCACAAUUCGAGCUGAAGUCAAUGACAAAGUUAUAAUCCAUUUUAAGAACUUGGCUUCGCGGCCUCUCAGCAUUCACCCAUUUGGGAUCUCCUACUGGAAGAUGUCGGAAGGAGCUUCAUACAAUGACCACACAUCCAUGCCUGAAAAGAAAGAUGACAUAGUGCCACCCAAAGGUGAAUACGUAUACGUCUGGGAAAUUACUAAGGACCUUGGCCCAAUGAAUGGUGAUUCCAAUUGUCUUACCUAUGCUUACUCUUCAUACGUGGAUCCUGUGAGAGAUUUCAAUUCGGGUUUAAUUGGAGCCAUGCUUGUAUGUAGACAAGGAUCUUUAGACGAAUUUGGAAAGCAAAUGGAUCGGCAGGAGUUUGUGCUUUUGUUCUCAGUCAUUGAUGAAAGUAAAAGCCUGUAUCUUGAAACAGACAGGAUCAGAUACAGACUUCCUGGCCCUAGGAAUGCCAAAGGGAGGAUGUACUCAAUAAAUGGUUAUACCAAUGUUUCCUUACCAGAUCUGAAUAUUUGCAAAAACAAAGUCGUCAGCUGGCACCUAAUAGCCAUGGGCUCAAACUCGGAGUUGUACUCCAUUUAUUUUGGUGGAUAUGGGCUUCUGCUGCGCGAUCACAGAGUUGUCUCAGUUGAAUUGGCUCCAGCUGCAUUUGUGACAGCAGAAAUGAUCCCAAGUUAUGAAAGCAAAUGGCUACUGAGCAGCCAAAACCCAAACCAUCAACAAGCUGGAAUGAAGGCCUACGUUAACAUCAAAGGAAUUUGUGAAGAAGAUAACGUUUCAAUUUUGAAAACUAAGGAAGUGGAAGACGAGAAUUACAGUUAUGAUUAUUUUGAAUUUGAAGAUGAGGAGGUCAAUCAUAUACAAAUUAACUAUUUGCCACGAACAACUGUAACCAAAAGCAGGUCAAUGGAAUGGAUUUAUUAUAUUGCUGCUGUGGAGUGUGAAUGGGAUUAUGCUCCAACUCUCCCAGACAACAUGAACAGUGAGUUAAGACGCAAGUUUCUGGAAAGGGGUCCAGACCGAAUUGGAAAGGAAUAUAAAAAGGCUGUUUUCGUGGAGUAUACUGACAGCACCUUCACGGUUGUAAAACACAAGCCAAAUCCAGAGUCGUCAAAGGGGAUUCUGGGUCCAGUUUUACGUGGAGAGGUUGGAGAUCGCUUUAAGAUCAUCUUUAAGAAUCUUGCGAGCAGACCAUACAAUAUUAAUCCACAUGGACUGACAGAAAUAAGGGUGGACAACACUGAAGGUUACAAUGUAAGAAACCAUAUUGUUAAGCCCAAUAGUACAGUCACUUACUUUUGGAAUGUGACUGAAAAUGAUGGACCAACCGACUCUGAUCUGGGCUGCCUGACUCGAUUUUACUUCAGUAAUCUGGAUAUGGAUCGUGAUAUCGCCUCAGGACUUAUUGGCCCUCUGUUGAUCUGUGCAAAAAACAUGCUGGAUAUCAAUGCACGAAUGGUAAAAAUUGACAGAGCCAAAUACCUUUUCUUCUCCAUCUUUGAUGAGAAUAAAAGCUGGUACAUAAAGGAUAAUAUUGAAAAAUAUUGUGAGGAUCCAUCACAGGUGAACCCAAGUGAUCCCAAAUUUUAUGAUUCCAACCUCAUGCACAGUAUUAACGGGUUUGUCUAUGAAAAUGUCCCCGGGUUGAAAUUCUGUGAGGAUGACGUGAUUUUUUGGCAUGUAAUCGUUGGUGCUGAAGACAACUUUCUUUCAAUUUAUUUCCAUGGACAAACAUUUAAACAUGACGGGGUGUAUGAAGAUGUGUUAACUCUCUUCCCACUUUCCAGUGAAACAAUCCACAUGAACAUGGAUAACAUUGGUUUGUGGUUCCUUGAACCCCUCAAUUAUCAUUAUCAAGUUCAGGGCAUGAGGGCAAAGUUCAGAGUUCGUUACUGUGACAAUGACCCAGAAACCAUUGAAGAAUUCCUUCAGGAAAUUGAUCCUGACGAGGCAUAUGGGAAUAUACUUCAAGAAGAAACAGAGCAAUUUAUUUUCACACCCCGCGGUUUCAAAAGGCACAACAACAACAUAACAAAACUAUAUGAAGCAAUUGAACUAGAAGAAUUAAUGAAUAUCACUAAUGAAGUGGAAAAUAUGACUGAGAAAGAUCAAAUCUGGUCACAUUGUAGACCAAGGCCAAAUCAUACAUUACGUAAGCAAUACACUGAGGAAAAAAAAGGAAAUGAUUAUACAAAUCAUAUCAAUCAUUUAUCUAAAGACUCCAAGAAACUGAAUCAAAGUAUUAGGAAGGAUUUCUCUCAUACAACUGAAACCAGCAACAAGCAAAUUGCAAAAGAACCUGAUAAUUCUUCCAUCACUAAAAGCAGCAGAGUUAAGAAACACAAUAAAGGAGAAAUCGAUGAGUUAAUUAAAACAGAUCAUAGCUCAGAUAAUCUUGUUUGGAAAGGCAGAAUGGGAGAGAUGCCAUUGCAUGAUCAUCCAGAACAUAACCUGACCUUUGCAGGAACAGAUAGAAAACUAGACUCCCUAUACACAAAUCAGAUUCUUAAAAAAGAAGAGGUUAUAUCAACCAACAAAUUGAAAUUGAAUCAAAGCCAAAAACUGGACCAUGGGACUAAUGCAAAAAGCUAUCUUCACAAAACAUUGACAUUGGAGCAGGUAUUUAGCAACGGAACAACUGGGGCUAAAUUCUUGGACAAUGAUACAGCUGCAACCUUUAGGGAAUCUGACAGUAUGACAUCUAAUCACACAUCAUUUAACGGAACUUCAACCACGCCAGCUAUAAUCGAUUCUCAACAAUCCAAUGAAGAGUCAAUUGAUUAUGAUGACUAUGCAGAUGACAUUAACAGUGGGGAUGACGAUGAGUCCAACUACAAAGAUCUCCAUAAUGUUAACUCUGGAGACUUCUCUAACAGAGAGUGGUGCCCAGAGGAAGAGGCAAGGCUGACCCCACGAACAGCUAAUUCGCAGUCUAAAUACUAUUACAUUGCAGCUGAGGAACUGAUAUGGGAUUAUGCGGCCAAGCAAACAAAUGAAGCUUUUAAGCACAGGCAGAGACAGCAAUCACAGGGGAAGGGUCUUGGCAGCAAAUUCAAGAAGGCAAUAUUUUUGCAAUACAAGGACAACACAUUUAAACAUCGCAAAGUCCGUGGAGAAGCUGAGGAACAUUUGGGUAUUCUUGGGCCUGUUAUCAGUGCUGAAGUCAAUGAUAUCAUUGUGGUGAAGUUCAAGAAUAUGGCCUCCAGACCUUUUUCCAUUCACACUCAUGGAGUGCCCCGUGAGUUACCAUUUGAAUACAAAUAUGAAGAGGAGAAGGUGAUAGACUGGCCUCGGAAGGCUGAUGAUAUUGUUUACCCAAAUAAAACAAAGGUUUACAUUUGGCAUGUAACAAAGGGAUCAGCACCAACAGAUAAGGACUUUGAUUGCAGAGCCUGGAUCUAUUAUUCUGAUGUCAACCCGGAACGAGACAUCCAUUCAGGUUUGAUUGGUCCUUUAAUCAUCUGUAGAAGAGGGAUGCUGCACCAGAUCUCUAGUGGAAAGCUCAAGAUUCAGGAAUUCUCUUUGCUUUUCAUGACUUUUGAUGAAAACAAAAGCUGGUACUUGGAAGACAACAUCAAAACGUUCUGCAAGUACCCUUGUAGUGUCAGAGCUGAGGACCCUGUAUUCCAAAACAGCAAUAGGUUUCACGCAAUCAAUGGGCAUGUGGCAGAAAGUCUGCCUGGGCUGGUAAUGGCACAGAACCGCUUGGUGCGCUGGUAUCUAAUAAACAUGGGUGGAUCAGCUGAUAUUUACACAGUGCAUUUUCAUGGCCAACCUUUUAUAGUGAGAAGAUCUAAGGAGCACAGGAUGGGUGUUUACACACUAUUCCCUGGUUCGUUUGGUACAAUUGAAAUGCUUCCAACUAAAGUGGGCUAUUGGCUUGUGGACUGUGAGACUGCUGAACAUCAACAGGCAGGGAUGCGUGCCAUAUUCCUGGUAUACAAUCCGUAUUGCAGAGUACCCCUGGGUCUGGUCACUGGAAGAAUAGCAGAUUCACAGCUCACAGCUUCAGGACAUAUAGGGAAAUGGAGACCCCAGUUGGCAAGAUUACAAAAAUCUGGAUUCACCAAUGCAUGGCGGGGCAAAGGAAGUCGACCAUGGAUUCAGGUUGAUUUAAAGUCGUCAAUGCUCAUUCAUGGAAUAAUUACACAAGGAGCCAGCCACUAUUUUAAACAUCUCUAUGUUGACCACUAUUAUAUUGCUUAUAGCCUGGACGCUUAUACCUGGAAAAACUACAAAGGCAACUCAACCUUGGACAUUAAAAUCUUUCCAGGAAACAUUGAUGCAACAGGAACAGUGAAAAACUAUUUCAAUCCACCAAUCAUUGCUCAGUAUAUCAGAGUGUACCCAAGGCCAAGCACAGGACGAUCAGCACUUCGAAUGGAGCUGCUGGGUUGUGAUCUACAGAGUUGUUCUUUGCCAUUAGGGAUGGAGAGCAGAGUCAUUGCAGACCACCAACUCAGUGCUUCUUCAUUCUGGGUUAGCGUUAGUGCUUGGACUCCAUCAUUGGCUCGCCUCAACAACGAAGGAUUCACAAAUGCAUGGGUACCAAAGAGGAACAACCCACACGAAUGGUUCCAGAUCAACUUCCAACAUAGGAAAAAAAUUACAGGAAUCAUAACCCAGGGUGCCAGUCACCUGAGGCGGGCUAUGUUUGUGAAGGAGUUUAUUGUCUGCUACAGUGAUAAUCGUAACAACUGGACAGUAAUCAAAGAUAGGCAAACCUUAAAGGAAAAGGUAUUCAAAGGGAAUGUGGACAGUAAAGGCCAAGUUCAGAACACCUUUGAUCCUCCCAUAUUUGCUCAGUACUUGAGAAUUUUUCCAAAAACCUGGCAACAAAAUAUUGCCCUACGUGUUGAGGUAUUGGGAUGUGAGACCGAACAGAGACUUUAAAGACAAAAUAAUGUAUCAAAAUGAGUAAAACUAAAUAUAUUAAAUAUUUUUGAAAGAAAA